GGUUCAAAACACAACCAUCGCCUGCCACCGUUUUCUCCUCCCACCUCUAAACAUCACAAACAACCCUCGAAUCUUUGGACAAUACCAUCACUAUUCAAGUUGAAGCCCAUUGUUUCUCCCGCCUCUUUCCGGCGUACCUCUGGCCUCGCCUACAUCUCCACUAACUUAUUGUUUCGCUCUCCCUCAUUAAUGUCGGUUAGCCCAAUCACAACCCCACCAAUCGCCCGGGACGCCCCACCAAAGGCCAGGCCCAAGCCGACAGGGAGAGAUCUCUAUUACUCCCUAGGCUCCCCAAAGACGAUAGUAGCUCCUAUGGUCGAGCAAUCAGAACUGGUCUGUUAGCCCCGUCUUUCUACUUGACCUCCGCUAACAAACACAGGCAUGGCGACUUCUCUCCCGUCGCCACUCGCCCCCAAACACUCUCUGCUACACCCCCAUGCUCCAUUCCCGCCUGUUUGCUACGACUCCUGUAUACCGAUCCCAAUCCUUCUACCCACCCCUUGAUGGUUCAAACCCCGACCGCCCGCUUUUCGUCCAAUUCUGCUCAAACACUCCGGAGGAUUUAUUUUCCGCUGCACAACAUGUAGCACCGCAUUGUGACGGCGUAGACCUCAAUCUUGGCUGUCCACAGGGUAUCGCUCGGAAAGGCAAAUAUGGGGCUUUCUUGCAGGAGGAUUGGGGACUUAUCCACAGUCUAGUGUCCAAGCUACACAAAGAUCUUGAGGUCCCGGUUACUGCAAAGAUCCGAAUUUUGGAAAACCGAGAGCGUAGUUUGGAGUAUGCGCGAAUGGUGGUUGGUGCUGGUGCGCAGAUUCUAACCGUUCAUGGCCGGACAAGAGACCAAAAGGGUCAUAAUACUGGGAUGGCGGACUGGGGCGUCAUACGGUAUAUCCGAGAUAACCUUCCGAGGGACGUUGUCCUGUUCGCAAAUGGUAAUAUCCUCUGGCAUGAGGAUGUGCAGCGCUGUUUGGAUGCCACUGGUGCAGAUGGUGUAAUGAGUGCGGAGGGAAAUCUCUACAAUCCGGCCAUCUUCCAAUCGGAUGAAGAUUGGGAAAAGAGAUUCCCGAGAAUGGACACCAUAGGCAGGGAGUAUCUGGAUAUUGUCCGAAAAGAGGUGUUACCGGGACUCGAAGAGAAGGGGCAGAAGCUCUUAUUGCAGGAUCCCUCGGUAACGGCGAUAAAACCACAUUUAUUCAAACUUUGGCACACACUAUUACCAAAACAUACAAACGUUAGGGCACUGCUUGCAAGAAGUUCCGCUCGAGUAAGCAAGAAUGGAGAUGUUUUGGAAGCCUAUGAGACUUGCUUAAUGGAGGUUGAAAAAAUCAUCAAGGCCGAGUUAAGCCAAAAUCCAGAGCCCGUGGACGAUAAUGGCCGAUGGACCGGUCCGGAUAGUCCAUUCGAGGAAAGCGCUGAAGGGAUAAUGAUCGAGGUUGAUGGUGUCAAAUUUAAUAGGCUAGUGCCAUGGUACCGUUGUCAACCUUACUACAGACCACUUCCAGAAGAAGCGGUAAAGAAAGGAGCUCUAAAAGUCAGAAAAAGUGCUCAGAGCCAGGGAGUUGUCGAGAGGAAGAAACAGAGGCUAGAUACAGAAGCAGGUUCCCGAUUGGCCACAGGGACCUAGAGCGAUCUAUUGAGGGUGAGCGGGAUAUUGUGAAAGAAAGUGGUGUCGUAGGCAGGUACGGGGACGGAGGGUGAAGUUUGCGGCCAACUAAGAGCUUAGAUUUAGAGGAGCAGUAUCAAUCUAUUGGGUUAGUUAUGUACGGGGAAUCAACUUCAUUGCGACUUCCCCCCAGUCCUGGCCACCCUACGACACGCGGCUGAUAUGAUGACAGAAUGGAAAAACAGUGGGAAUAGAGCGAAGCUAUUCUUCCCUAUAAGAAAGAAAGCAAACCCCAGAGCCACUUUACAGAGAGGACACUGAAGGUACCCGCCUCCACCUUUACCACGCUCUACCCAUCGCCACGGCACUCGCCAUAUUCUCUGCCCACUCCCAUGGCCUCCCCAGCCCACCAGGCAUAGCAUUGAAGUAUUCCCACCCCAUCACCCCUCCAAACCCGGGAUACUUCUGUACCAGUCCCAUAAACACCGCAACAAGCACAUCAAUUUCCACCCACCCGCUCCCAUUGGCCGCAUUUGUAACAACCCCAGCAACAACCUUCUCCGGUGGCCAUCCCAUCGCCAUGACUAAAUCAUAACAUUGAGAAUCUUCCAUGCUCCCCCACCCACAGUAGAACUGGACAUUGUACCAAUCAAUCACGCCUCCACGCUGAACUUCCAACAUCCGGUAAUCAAAUCCAGACAGAUGCCUCUGAUUAAUCAGCCCGGUAGCGACGGGUGCAAGCGUGAUCAAGAAGUCCUGCCCAAAGUCCGCCUUGAGCCUAUCGAUCAGCCGGAUAACCCCCUUGAGCGACAUCUCCUCCUCGACAUCGAGGUCCAGUCCAUUGAGUUUGUGUUUGUGUAUCAUGUCGCGGAGCGGGCAGUAGUACGCCUCGAAUGACUCCUCACUACCGUCCAGGCGCUCGAAGGAGCCGCGCGCGGCACCGCCGAGCAUGCCGAGGACCUUGAUACCGGAGUCUUGCAAAACAAGUACUUCAUCCCAGAGCGUCUCGAAUAUCGCGUCAUCCGGCGACGUCUCGUUGAGAUGGAUAUUACCGGGCGGGUCGUUGAGGUGGAUUGCGGCGAGGAUCACGUGAGUGGUGCCAGUAUUUUCGGUGAGGAGAGGAAGGAUGGAAACGUAUUCUUUGGAAGAGGUAUAGUGGGUUUGGUGGUAGAGGACUAUCCGCGAGGUCACAGUACGCGGGGGGAGGGGCGGUGGUGGCAUAACGGGUU